GUCAUGUAGUACAAGCAUUCCUGAGGUCCCACCGUUUGGAUACCACGCAGGCCACAGAUCCGAAUGACCACGGAAGCGGAAAUCCAGUGACGUUGUACUCUAGAGUUGUAUGAUCAUUGUCGAUAUCAUGACCAGUUUCGUUUCCCCCCUUGGGGAUUGGAAUCUCCCCAGGGUAUAUAAAUGCCCAGUUUGUUUUCUGUUCAUCCCAUAUUACAAUCUCACAGAUCUCUCCCAACUGCCAAAAUCCCGACGAACAUCUGUUGACCGCACUCAACAUGUCCAAUCCUAAGGAUGACGAUCCCCCCUGCCAGAGGUUAGCAAGUCGUCAUAAUGAUACAUACGACCCCGAUGUCGCCGCGGAACUGAUCAACGCAUCGCACCUGUUGCAAUUUACAUUCCAGCAGCCGGGAGAAACCUACCCAUACACCAUUCACCUGCCGGGACGAAUGGCAGAGCCCCGAGAUCCACCCCGGCCUGUGGACCCAUUGGCACCGACGCCAGACAAUGUGAUAUACGUGAAAGGCUGGCUUCCCUGCUGGCUGGUCGAUCGGAUCCGCGAGUCCAAUAAUAAAUUCCCCGUCACAGUGUCAACCGUCAAAGCUGAAAGUGUCUACUGUGCCCGUUCGACCUUUGCUCACGGGCUGACCUGGCGGUCCGCGGUGAUUAAUGGGACCGCGCGUGUGCUCGACUGGGCCAGCGACGAGAAGGACCAGUACGCCAUCACGGAGGACGAUAUCAAGAACAACGACAAGCUCUGGGGCCUUCAUAAAAUCGUCAAUGGGUUUAUUCCCGACGAGUGGGAGAACUCCCGAUCCCCGAUCAAGAAGGAAGUAGAUCUGGUCCUUGUUUUUGAGGUGAAGGUUGAUCAGGACGCAUCGCAUGUCCAUGUCCGUCACGGGUUUAAUAGAUGGGAGGCCGGCGAUGAAUCAUCCACGCCAGAACAAUAUUGGCAGGGAACGAUUCCGGUGUGGGAGACAUACGGCGAUCCGUUCCACGGAAACACGACGCAGGAGUUCCCACCAAGGGUGAAACGAUGGUUUGAGCAGCUGAGCCGGAGGAACAAGGCGUAUGCCAUAGCGCAGGCCGGCCGAGACUCUUUUCCAUACUCGUUCUAGAUCAUUCUCUGAUGAAUCGUGUUGUCUAGUUAGCCUCAGCUGGGGACUAGACCCCAAAGCAGAAAGAGAAGCUGUCGAAUAUAUAGUUCUUACCCGGGCCUUCAG